UCCUCUCAUUUUUUCCUUUCCUUCUUCAUCUCCUUCUUUGUAUCUCAUUUACUAAUUUUAAUUCACACCUCUGCAACUAAAAUAAAACCAGAUUAAAUUAUUCAAAAAAAAAAAAACAGAUUAAAUUUUCCAUCAGGUCUUAGGGAUUUUAAAUGGAGCUUCAUUCAAUUUCAGCUCCUGCAAUCACUAAUCUGCACACUUCAAUAUCUAUCCGUGCGGUUCAGUCAGUGGAUUUCUUAGGGUUAUUAUUCUCAAACCCUAAUUUAUCAUGUAGGUUUAAUAGAAGGCGGCCGAUUAGGACUAAAUCAAAACCGAUAGCUUUAGCUUCUGCGUUUUCUAAUGAAAAUGAUCAAGCGGAAUUAGACGGUUUUGAUGGAGGAACUCGAAAGCGUGAUCUGCGUUAUGAAAAUGACGAAAGCUUUCAUGUUUCGGAUGUGGAAGUUGUUGGUUCGGUUUCGGAAGCAGAGUUUGUUCAUAGUGUUGAACUUUUGGAAAGACAAGGGAGAGUUCUUGAUAAAUUGAAGGCUAUUCAAUUGCAUGUUUUAGCAUCAGAGCAAUGGAAUGCUUCUAAACUUCAAUUGUGUCAUAGGAAUUAUUUGGCAAGUGCAACGAACUUGAUACAUUAUUUGGCAUUGCGAUGCCUUGAUGUUGAAGAGCUGAAAGACGAUCUCUCUUUAAUUGGACUUCUAAAUUUGGAGGCUAUCAAUUCACAUGUCCUUGCAAGUCUUACGGCAAUUAUUCGGGUAUUGGAGAACAUGAAAUCCAACACUCUAAAUUUUGAUAAAAACAUCACUGGUGGUAUAUUCUCUAAUAAGGGAUUAGAUCAACAAAAAUUUGCAGCCUACACGGUACAAAAAAUGAAGAAUAUUGCAUCCUCUAAUAGAGAAUUGUUGUUGGGCCGACCAGAAGCUGGUAGAACCACUCACAUCAUGGUAACAGUUGGAGAGGAAUCUACUAUAAGUGAAACACUUAUUACUGAUCUUAUGAAGUCGGGGACCUCCAUUUUCCGUAUCAACUGUGCGCAUGGGACUCCUAGUAUUUGGAGUGAGAUAAUCAAAAGAGUAAGAGAAAGUUCUCAAAUGCUGGAAAAACCUUGUCGAGUUCUCAUGGAUUUAGCUGGACCAAAGCUCCGAACAGGAAAACUGAAGCCUGGUCCUGCUGCAAUGAAGAUUUCUCCCAAAAAAACUGAUUUUGGGACUUUAAUGUCUCCUGCUCAAGUUUGGCUGUCACACAGAGAAGUUGGUCCUCCUCCUCAUUUGUCUCUUAAUGCAAAUUUAUACAUAGAUGACCAAGAAUUUCUCACACGGAUUGAGGUGGGUGACAUUGUAAGAUUUUCUGAUGCUAGAGGGAAAAAGAGGAGACUGAAGAUUGCUGAAAAGUUUCAUGUUUUUUCCGGAACUGGAUAUGUGGCUGAGUGUACUAGAACUGCUUAUGUUCAGUCAGGGACAAAAUUGUAUCUGAAGGGAAAGAACAGGAGGUCUUUUGUCGGGGAGGUGGUAGAUGUCCCAGCUACUGAGCCAUAUGUCAGACUUAGAAUUGGUGACCUACUUAUCAUAUCGCGAGAUAGUGCUUCUCAAGAACAUGAGCCAUCUGUAUCCACAUGUGGUGCUCACAGGAUCACCUGUUCUUCUGGUUACCUGUUUGAUUCAGUGAAACCUGGUGAGCCCAUAGCCUUUGACGACGGCAAAAUUUGGGGAACCAUUCAAGGAACAAGUUUAUCAGAGAUUGUAGUGUCGAUCACUCAUGCUGGUCUCAAAGGCACGAAACUUGGAUCUGAUAAAUCCAUAAACAUCCCAGAGAGCAUUAUUCGGUUUGAAGGGCUGACUUCAAAGGAUCUUGUGGAUCUUGAGUUUGUUGCUGCUCAUGGCGACAUGUUAGGUGUCUCUUUUAUACGAGAUACUCGCGAUAUUGUUGUGCUUCACCAAGAAUUGGAGAAAAGGAAACUUGAAAAACUUGGGAUUGUGUUGAAAAUUGAGACAAAGAGUGGGUUUGACAGAUUGCCUUUGUUGCUGUUGGAGGCAAUGAAGUGUGCAAAUCCAUUAGGAGUAAUGAUUGCCAGAGGAGACCUUGCAGUGGAAUGUGGGUGGGAAAAGCUGGCUGAUAUGCAGGAGGAAAUUAUCUCUCUUUGUGGUUCUGCAAAUAUACCAGUAAUAUGGGCUACUCAGGUAUUAGAAUCGCUGGUAAAGUCUGGUGUACCCACUCGAGCUGAGAUCACUGAUGCAGCCAAUGGAAGGAGAGUAAGCUGUAUAAUGAUGAAUAAAGGGAAGCACAUUGUUGAAGCAGUUUCAACUUUAGACAACAUUCUUCAUUCCAACUCCACAAAGGUGAAAACAGACAUAAAGGUAGAUUAUACUUUGUAGCAUUUCUUCUGAUACUAGUCAAGUUCUCCAAUGUCAGCAAUGGCAAUUCUAUUUGAAUUAGUCAAAGGCUUGACAACCGGAUUUAUUUCGACAAUUCUGUAUAUAUCUUUUGAUAGCUUUAUAUUUUUUUUAUUUUUUUUAUCAGUAAUUUUUAAAUAGAAGUAUGAAUCUUUGGAGAGAAAAAUUCCCCGAGACCUUAAAAACACAAAUAUGUAAAACCGUUUUGUUUUAUUUAGAAUACUACAUGAGUCGGGUAUUGUAUUACA